AUGUGCGAUGUGACUGUAGGCGAAACGGUUGAGGGCGGUUCCGGAUCGGCGCAGAAAAAGGAAGCAGGCGAUUGUAGCGAAGGGAACGGAGCGCGUGACAGUAUCGAAGUGAGGGAAAAGAGUGCGUGUAAGGAGAGCGCGGAGGUUAAAGGAAAGAGCGCGGAGGGUAGCGACGCAAAGGGAGUGAGCCGUGCGGAGGAAAAGGGAAGGGAGGGAGUGCUUAAGGAGGAGGAAGAUGGGGAGAAAAACGAGGAGAAGGAGGAGAGUGAGGAAGAGGAGGAGAGUGAGGAAGAGGAGAGUGGAGAAGAGGAGGAGAGUGAGGAGGAGGAGGAGGAGGAGGAGGAGGAGGAGGAGGAGGAGGAGAGUGAGGAGGAAGAGGAAGAAACAGCAGAGGACGCGGAUGAAGCAGAGGAGGAGAAGGAGGGGGAGGAGGAAGAGGAAGAAUUACGCAAUGACAUGUUGAUAGAGGAAGAGGAGGAGGAGCUGGAGAGGCUUGAGGGCCAUGUGGGAGACACAGGGGAGCCGGGCCUGCCACCUGUCGCGAUUCCCGAUGUCAAGGUGGAAGACUCGGACGAGCUCCUGCCUCUGGGCCACGUGUCAGCUAUCGUUGAGACAUCAGUGGUGGUUCAAGCCGACCCCUCUGCCCGCGCUCUAGAGGAAGGAUCCAUACUUUUCUUAUCUGAGCACCGGUGCCUGCUGGGUGUUGUGGAUGAGAUCUUUGGGCCGGUGAAAGCGCCGCUGUAUCGCGUGCGGUUUAACACGAGAGAGGAGGUGCCUGCGCUGGCUACUGUGGGUGUAGCGGUGAGCUUUAUAGAGAGGAUGGCGGGGUAUGUGCUAGAUGAUGCUGCGUUGAGGGCCAAGGGGUAUGAUGUGGGGGAGGAUGGGGAGGAGGAGGAGGGGAGUGAGGAGGAAGAGGGGGAGGGUGGGGUGGAGAAGGGAGGGGGAGGGAAGGGAGGUGGGAAGGGAGGAGGGAGGGGAGGUGAGAGGGGAGGAGGGAGGGGAGGAGAAGGAGGUGUGGGAUGGGAAGGAGGGGAUGCGGAGGCAAUGUUUAGUGAUGAUGAGAAGGAGGAGGAGUGGAGGAGGGAGCAGCGGAGGAGCAAGAGGAAGGGCGGGGAGGAGGAGGGAGGGCGAGGGAGACGAGGAAGUGGAGAGAGAGGGAGAGGGAGGGGAAGGGGAGGAUGGGAUGGUGAGGGUGGGAGGGGGAGGGGGAGGGGAGGAGAAUGGGGAGGGGGAAGGGGAGGGGGGUGGGAUGGACCAGACCAGCCAGCAGCAGCAGUGGCCUACACAACCCAUACAACCCAUGCAAGCUCAUAA